AUGUCCCGCAAGCAGGCGGCGAAGAGCCGGCCGGGCAGCGGCAGCCGGAAAGCCGAGGCCGAGCGCAAGCGGGACGAGCGGGCGGCGCGCCGGGCCCUGGCCAAGGAGCGGCGGAACCAGCCGGAGUCCGGCGGCGGCGAGGAGGAGUUCGUGAGCUUCGCCAACCAGCUGCAGGCCCUGGGGCUGAAGCUGCGGGAGGUGCCGGGGGACGGCAAUUGCCUGUUCAGAGCUCUUGGUGAUCAGUUGGAGGGACACUCACGAAAUCAUCUCCAGCAUCGACAAGAGACAGUGGACUACAUGAUAAAGCAGCGGGAAGAUUUUGAACCCUUUGUAGAAGAUGACAUUCCCUUUGAGAAACAUGUGGCCAGUUUGGCAAAGCCUGGUACAUUUGCUGGCAAUGAUGCAAUUGUAGCCUUUGCAAGAAAUCAUCAAUUGAAUGUGGUGAUUCAUCAACUUAAUGCCCCUUUGUGGCAGAUCCGUGGUACGGAUAAAAGCAGUGUGAGGGAGCUGCACAUCGCGUACCGAUACGGUGAGCACUACGACAGCGUGCGGAGGAUCAAUGACAACUCGGAAGCUCCCGCCCAUCUCCAGACUGAUUUUCAGAUGCUUCAUCAGGAUGAAUCAAAUAAAAGAGAAAAGGUCAAGACAAAGGGGGUCGACGUUGAAGACGAGCUGCGAGACGAGGUGGAGGAUGCUGUGCAGAAAGUGUGCAGUGCGACGGGCUGCUCAGAUUUUAAUUUGAUAGUCCAGAACCUGGAAGCUGAAAACUAUAAUAUUGAAUCUGCAGUAAUUGCCAUGCUUCAGAUGAACCAGGAGAAAAGAAAUAACGCCGAGGAGAACCCCGAGCCCAGGGGCCGAGCGCUGCAGCGGAGUGGCCCUUCAUGGGAGGAGGGGGGCACUGGCACCAGAGUCUUUGGAAAUCAGAGCGUAACUGAAGGCAGGACGGAACCCAGCAGGGCGCAGGCCAGCCCUAGCGAAGAAAACAAGGCAAAUAGAAAUCAGCUCCCAAAGGUGACCCACAAGCAGCGGAGAGAGCAGCAGCGCCUGGAGAAGAAGAAGCGACAGGAGGAGCGGCACCGUCUGAAAGCCCUGGAGAGCAGGAGUCGCCACAGGGACAACAGGAGCGACGCCGAGGAGAACGGGCAGGUCACCUUGGUGAAGACCUUUGCUGCUCUCAACAUCUGACUGCCUGCCGGGCGCUGUGCACCAGGCUUCCCGUGGGGCCGCCCCUAGGGCCCGCCCGCAGGGCCCACGCGGGAGCUCCCGCUCUGAGCUGCUGUCCAGGCCGCCCCUUUGUUGUUCUGAGUUUUUUUGUUAGUGAUGUGUGUUAUUUUAUGAACAUCCAGGGAAGCCGGUCGUGUUCUGUGAUCAAAGGUUGAGUUUCAGGGUGGACGGUAGAUCAGGAAAUACCUUCUAGGUGUGGUUUGGUUUGUUCUGCAAAUCAGAGCUCUGAUCCUGGCGUCUUUCCUUAACCUUUGGGGUGAGUUUUGCUGUAAUUGUUCACGAUGUCGUUUAGAUUAAUCACUAGAAGUUCAGAAUGAGAAGUUUCUUUUGUUUCUCUUUCAUUUUCAGAUAUAGUUAAUAUCCAGGAUAGUUUGUAAAUGAUCAACUCAGGAACAUGUUUAGAUUUCAUUUUCUUUUAAUCCAAGUUCAUCAGAAAAUACUUCAGGAAGUGUUCUCCUGGCCCUGGCCAGUUUGGCUCAGCGGUUAGAGCAUCGGCCUGCGGUCCAGAGGACGGGUUCUCAAGUACCGUGACAUGGGUGUGGCCCGCAGCAG